AUGAUAUCACAUUGGAAUUGGAUGAGAUGGCUAGGAAUGAGGGUUAUUCACAUCAAGGCUAAACCAUCUAUGAAUGAUAUCACAGGGGAAUUGGAUGAGAUGGCCAGGAAUGAGGGUCGUUCACAUCAAUGGGCUAACCCUUCUAUGAAUGAUAUCACAUUGGAAUUGGAUGAGAUGGCUAGGAAUGAGGGUUAUUCACAUCAAUUGGCUAAACCUUCUAUGAAUGAUAUCACAGGGGAAUUGGAUGAGACGGCUAGGAAUGAGGGUCAUUCACAUCAAUUGGCUAACCCAUCUAUGAAUGAUAUAACAGGGGAAUUGGAUGCUAGCUUUGAACACGAGAGGCAUCCACCACGGUCAUUUCAAGACACGAGGCAGGAAACAGCAGACAACUUUUUUCAGCCGAUGUCAAUAGGGGGGAUUCUUGAUAUGAGGCAUUCACACGGAAUAUCAUACAACUAUAGGCCACCAUCAUUUGGAGCAAUGGAGCAAUUGACAAUAUUAUACAAUUCUACUCCGCCAUCACUUGGGGAAGUUGGGCACAUGAGGUAUCCUAUUUCGCCGGAGUCAUAUGGGCAGCCACCCUCGGUGCGGGAUAGACCACGUCUAGACAAAGAGUUUUUAGCUCCAUUGGCCAUAUUCCAUUAUGAUGAAGGGACAUUGGAGGAUAUUAUAGAUCCGGAUCUCUGGAAGCAAAUCGAUAAAGAUUCUUUCAAAAUCUUUUCAGAAACAGCAUAUAACUGCUUAAAGGAGGAACGAGGAGAACGGCCACACAUAGAUCAAAUUAUCAUAAGACUUGACAAAGCCUUGGAUCUGCAAAGGAAACAUGAGAAUAAUUUAAAAUUAAAGGAGAAACCAGAAGUUGCCUCUGAAGUUGAAGGUACAUCAACCAAUCACGUGAAGUGGAAGGGCAUGGAACACUUGAUGAUUAGAUAUAAUGAUAUAGAGAUGGCCACUUCAAAAUUUACUCAGAACCGCAUUGGGUAUGGUGGAUUUGGUGAUGUCUACAAAGCUGAACUUGAACAUUUUGAUAUUGAAAAAUCUUCGGCAGGAGAAAAGAAUCUAAAUGAUCUACCCAAGAUAUGCAGCAGUGUAGCUGUAAAACGCCUCUUCAAAAGAUCAGGGACAGAAGCAGACACAUCGUACACUAAGGAAAAUCCCAAGGGGAUUGCACACUUCGCCCGACAACACUUCAAUAAGGGAACACUAACGUCAAUGUUAGAUCCUAUUCUAAAGGAAGAGAUUGAUGAAAACAAUUUUACUUUAAGUAAAGGGCCCAAUACAGGUUCUUUGAAGACAUUCCUAAAUAUUGCACACAAAUGUUUGGCAGAGACUCAAGCCGACCGUCCAAAAAUUGGAUAUGUCAUCAGCAAAAUCAAGGAUGCAAUGAAUCUUCAAGAAAACCACAGGGAUAAUCUCAAGAUUUCACUUGAAGAUAUAAAAUUGGCCACUAAUAACUUCAAAAAGCGACCAACAACACAUGAGGUGCUACUACAACUGAAGAAAGCAUUGGAAUUUCAAGAAGAUUAUGUAAUAUGGAAGCCCAAAUUGCCUAAUGACUAUGAAGAAAUAUUCAAGAUGUCAAAUUCUUGUGAUGUCUACUCUACCGAAAAGAAAAAGGAACUCUACAACAUGCUCCGCAAAGGAAUCCUUCUUCAACAUGACAAAGUGUUGUUUUCACUAGGAGAUAAUGGAGAAAGAAAUGAAAUGAUAUCAGCACGAAAGUUUUCAUACAAACACUGUCUGUCACAUAAGUGGCAAUCAAUUCCAGAAUCAAGGUUUCCUAAAGUAGCGAAGAUGUCAGAUCUUUCGAAUCUAAAGAUCCGAUUAAAGAUAAGACCUCAACUUUUAGCUCGUGGUGUCAAUUAUAGUGUUCAUCUCUUCUUUAAAUUUUGUGGUCCAAGAAAAUCUCUAGCUAAAGGGAUGUACGUGAACUUGAAGUACAAAUUGGGGAUCGAGACCUUACAUGCAUAUUUCGCAACAUGGAGAGAAGAUGGGUGGAUGAUGAUUGAAUUGUGUCGAUUCUCAAAUGACAAGGAAGAUAUUGAUUUUGAGUUUCUACUAGAGAGCUUUUCACAAUGCUAUUGUGGAAGUCGUGCCAUCUAUGUCGAAGGCAUUCAGUUUCUAGCCAUUGACAAUGUGAAAGAUGUAGAAAUCGAUGAAUUAAAGAAUGUCCCAAAAGUCUUGAAAUCAGACUUAAACAUGGACCAGUUGCAAAAAUUGCCAACUAAUUGUGAAGAAAUAUUUAAUGAUGGUGAAAAGAUUCUUUUGCUGGUGAAUGGAAAGAAACAUCUUAUGCUUUCAGCGAAGGCGGCUCUUUUGGAAUAUCCUAAUGCAAUGCCAUUUCAGAUGAAACCAUCAACUCAAUCCAGAUUCGGAGAGGAGAUUGAGCUCCUACCACAGCAAGUACUCCGUAUCAAUUGCAGGAUAAAAAGUGAAUGGUUAUCCAGAGAUACGGAGUAUGUGUGCUACCUUGUGUUUAAGAUUUCAGAAAAAUGUAUUGGGCUGCAUUGUCCUGUGAAAGUACAUAAUUUACUCCAUGGAAACAACAAAAAGCCUGAAAUUCUUUAUUUUAGAUGCCCAUGGCCUUGGAAUUUACAUGAUACAAAUCAAGCUCCAAAACAACGGGCCGAUGGAUGGAUGGAGGUUAGGGUUUGGAAAUUGAACUCAAAGCACAGACUUGAAAAUGAUCAUUUUCAUGUCAAAUUGAAACUAAUUAUUUACGAAGGAACUAUGUCAGGCCUUAUCUUAUGUGGUCUGGAAUUUCGAGCAAUGUAAGAAUAUAUACAAUGAAAUGAUGAAUGCAAACUCACUCAACA